AAUCCUUCUCCCAUUCUGCUACCGUCGCGUCGUACACCACCAUUUCCAUAUUCUACAGGAGAGGACAGGCGCUCUCUCACUGACGCAAGCGAAACGAGCAGAGCUUCGUCCACCUCUCAAGAAGAAGGAAGGAAGGCAUGGACCGCACCUACAAGGGCGGCAUCAAGGCGUACUGGAAGCGCCGGGGCUACUACCGCAUCGACGCCGCCGCCGCGCAGCGCCGCCCGCCGCUCCCCACCGCGGAGCUCGGAGGUGGCGGCGUCGCCCAGGCCCCGGAGGAUGGCUCCGGGCGGCGCCACCGCCGUCGCCGCGGGUGGCGCGUGCGGCGCGGCCAGGUGCUGGGGCGGCGGCUGCUCUCCGCGCUGUCGCCGCGCCGGUGGCUCAUGCGGCUCCGCGACGCCUACGUGUCGGCCAUGCUGCGGCUGGCCUCCUCCGCCGCCGUCGUCGGGUACGGCGCCGCCGGCGGGCCCUACUGCGCCAACGCGACCCACGGGGCCGUCGUCGCGCGGCCGGCGCAGCUCAAGGAGUACGACGAGAAGGUGCUGGUGGAGAUCUACAGGUCCAUCCUCGCUCGCGGCGGGCCUCUCCCCAUCGCCGCCGUCACUACCGACGGCGGCGACGGUGCGCCUGCCGCCGCCACGCUACGGCUACCUACGGCUGUUUGAGCUUGAGCGGAAGAAGAAAACAUGUAAUACUCUUCAUGUCGCGACUUGUAAUAAGCUGUGACUUUCUUGCGCCUCACAAGCAUUUCUUCAUUCUCAAUUCGAUCGAUCAUCAAGUCUUAUGACGAUAUUUGCACCGAAGUCUUAUACUAUGUUAUGAAUUAGUGGCAUGUUUGGAAUCCAAAGUCUGGUGCAUAUAUAUUUGCACCGCGGGUAACAGGUUCUGUA